AUGGCUGAACACAUAAAGUCGUAUCAAUCAAUCAGAAAAUUUAUGCCGAAAGGAACAGAGGAACUUGCAAGUAGAUUGAUGAAUAGUGGAGACAGUGCUGAAUUGGAUGAUAAACGUUUGGUUUACGUUUAUAACUUUCUAAUCAAAUCUUUGAAAGUUAAAAUUGAUGUCAUAGACACAAUGAUGCGGAAUCGAGAGUUUCAUGCUAAAGUAAUGGAUUUUUUAAAUACGCCGAAUCGUGAUUCGAUUUUUUUCAUGGUAAACUCUUCUGGUUUAUUGACACCUAUAUAUGAUGAUUUUCCUGAUGGUUUUAAGUCUAGAGUAACCUAUAUUAUAAAACUUAAAUCAGUUGAAAUUACACCCAAUAAUUGUGAUACGACACUUUUGUGUGGAGAAGUGUCAUCAAACCCUUUUGAAGAUUUAAAAGCGAUAACUGAAAAUAGAACUUUUUUCAAAAACUCUUCUGAUGACAUUAUAUUGGAAGUACAAGACAGGCUUAAUGAUUUUCUUACAAACAUAAAUAACAUCUCAGGACAUUUGAAAAAUCGCUCAAUAUUGACAUUGCCUCAUGGAUAUGACAGCAUUAACACCGCUUUACAAGCAGCUGAAUUGAGUGGUGGAAAAAUUAUUGAUGAUGUGUUAAAACAAAGAUUAGAAAACAAAGUGUACGCUUGGUACAGAGAAAUUAAAUCAAUGGUAGCGCUUAAGCCAGAUGUGAUUUUGGAGAAAAAUCCCGCUGCAUUGCCUGCCCAGUACUUCGAUUUCUGGAUAAAUCGAGAAAAACAGCUUAUACAUUUUCACGAACAAAUUGGCCAACAGAUUGGACAUUAUUUAACCAUUACAAAAAGUCCAUGUUUGAAUAUUUAUAAGCAAAUAAUAGAAACUACUGUGUCUGAAAAACGAGAAACAAAUUUAAUUAAUAGUUUUUUAUCGACACUGACUAAGCACAUUAAUGCAAUCGAAGGAGAUGGUUUGGUCGAAUCGAAAGUAGAAAUAUGCGUUUUAUGGAGAAAAUUGACUUGUAUAUGGAUAAAUUGUCCGAAUUUUCAAAAUUAUAAUUACCUAAUUAUCUUGAUAAAUGUAUUGUGUAAUAUGGUCAUGGCUGAAUCCUCAAGAUACUUAGAACCAACUGCUAUAUUUCAAGGCGAACUAGUAGAGAACUUAGAUAAAAUUUAUGACAUUCUAGACAUAAUAAGUUAUUUCAAGUAA